UUCACCAGAGCCCCUGAUGGUGGGGAUGGACUUGAAACAGUCCCGGGCCAGGUCACGACCUCCGAGCAGGCCCGCCAGUGGCUGAGGAGACCUUUGGGGACAGGUACCGGGAGAGCCAGAUAUGAAGAGGACGCAGGGUCAGCAGGGAAGUCAAUCCGUAGAAUGGUCAGGGCAAUCCGGGUCAAACGCAGGAGCAGGCAGAAUAGUCAGGACAAUCCGGGUCAAAAGCAGGAGCAGGCAGAGUAGUCAGGACAAUCCGGGUCAAACGCAGGAGCAGGCAGAAUAGUCAGGGUCAAUCAGGGUCACAAGAUAGGUGCAGGAACUCAGGAUCACAGGAAGACCUUGCGGCA